CAAGUUUUUGAACCAUGUAAAAGAAGUAUAUCCACUUUAUUUCCUUGGUUUUGUAUAAUAUUUUUGUCUAAACUAACUGUUUCUUGGUUGAGUAUUAUUUUUCAAGGUCACUUAGGAUUCCUUAAAAGGUCGUCCAUAAAUUAUAGUCUCAUCAUUGAAGCUACGUGAAUUAAGAAAUAGUGUGGAAUGUUAGUUAAACAGUAGUUAAAACGACCUCAAGAAUUUACUUGAUAUUCUGUAAUGUCUAAAAAUGUCGAUGAGAUCCAGAAUAUUCCUUGAAAAAUGCCCCGGAAGGCCCUGAAAACUCUAGGAUACAUUUUUAUCUAAUCAUCGUUGAAUAGAAGUUUAACAGAAAUAUCUAAAAAGUGAAGAGUCAUGUGUCACAUUUCUGAUUGGAUGAUUACUUAUCCAACUACUAUGUUUAAUAGUGUUCCAAAACCUUCCAGAAGCCCAAGGUCAUCUGAAGUACUAUAAAUACUCUAAAUUUUCUGUACAUAGAACGAACCAUGGAGUAAAGCGUCCUUUUCCAUACUUCACAUCUUUUCUCCCGUGUUCAAUUUAGGGAACCAAUACAAGAGUUCAGUCGGAAGAUUUAUCAAAAAAUGUAUUAUAUUCCACAGAUUAAAGUCGUUCCAUGUCAAACUAAUGAAAUUUACAAUACGACAUCUAAUCAAGCAUUAACUUGUAAUUCAUUACUUACAAGCAAUGUAUUACAAUAUUAUAUGGAACAAUUAUUAACUCAUUAUGGUAAAGAUAGUGCAUACAAAAUUGGUAAUCCAAUCAAAUUUGGUACUGCUGAAUUUUUCGACAUAAGAAUUAGUGGUUUAUCUGCUGUACAAUUCUCAGAACCAGUUGAUAUUAUUGAUCUACCAUCAGGAAACAUACGAAUGAUAUUUCCGUUAUUGUUUGACUAUCUUGUUAUAAAUGGUAAAAUGAAAAUGAUCAUGUUUGCUACUAAACCUCGGUCGGUUGAAAUUAAAAUUAAAUCAAUCAAAAUAUAUUUGGAUUUACUUCUUAUACAACCAAUGGACAAUGAUGUAUUAUUACCAAUUCGUGUGAACAAAGUUACUGUUAUCCAUUGGAAUAAUCUUCGAUUUGAUAGUAAAGGUGUUUUUACAAUCUUUUUUAAAAUGUUCAAUCAAUUCCGUUUAUAUGAUGGUAUCAUUAAACGUUCAAUUGAAAAAGAAAUUUAUCAACAAAUUGAAAGAUCAUUAAAUUCAUUUUUUAAUAAUUAAAAAAGGAAUAGAAGUCAAUUGUUUAAAUUUAUUUCAUUGUAAAAUUGAAUAAUUUUAUUUUGUUUUAUUAAGUAGUAAUUGAAAUCAAUGUUAUAUAGUUGUAAGUUCUAUUUAAGCAAUAGAGUUAGACAAGGUUGCACAAUCUCAACAUUCCACUUGAAUUUUGUUAUCGAUAACGUUCUGGAAACAGUUUUGAUGGAUGUAGAAAAUGGUAGUGUGAAUUUGUUGUUUAGAGAAAGACUUCUCGACCUUAAGUAUGCGGGUGAUACCCAAGUCAUACAAUCCGUACUUAAUCAGUUGGCAAUUAGUGCCUGUAGGUAUGGUAUAUGCUUUGCACAUUCCCGGUGCAAAGUUCGUGUAUAUGUGUAGUUGCAUAAGUACUGGUGGUGGUGUGAGUGAUGAGAUCAAUUCACGUAUAGUGAAAGUCAAAGUGGCCUAUGCUAAUCCGGAUCAUCUUUGGCGCCUUCGUUCUGUAAGAUUGGCUGUAAAAAUCUGAAUCUAUAACACGUCAGUGAGAGCGGUUUUGCUCUAUGGUUGUGAAACCUGGCAUCAUCAAGUUGAGAAUGUUAGACUACUCUUUGUGUUUGAUUAUCGUUGUCUCCGAAGCAUUGCUGCCAUCCAGUGGCAGUACCAUGUAAGUAAUGCAAACGUUCGGCAUCGUGUGUUUGGGUACAGCGACGGUAAUUAAAUUGCUAUCACUAUCUUGAAACAUCAACUUCGGUGUCUUGGACAUGGCUUACGAAUGUCAUCCCAGCUAGUUCCACAUCGUGCAUCAUUCGCUAACUCUGGGACCGGUUGAAAAAACAGAGAGGUGGUUAGUGUACGACAUGGUAUCGUGGUACGAAAGAAAGCUGUACAGGACUGGCUUCUGUUGGUCCUUGACGAGUCCCUGGUUGGGGUCCUAGAGAUGGUGCGACAUAGUGGCUAGAGACGUUAUCAGAUAUGGCUCAGAAUAGAAGCCAGUGGCGAUCCUGCUGUAACUUUAUCUUACUUUUUUCA